UUGGGUGACUGAAACCGAACGACUUGAGUCGUAAAACAUGCUACAACUCCGGCGUUCAUGAUGCAGUAUCCGUCGUCGACGAGGAUGAUUCCGACGUCGCUUCUUCUUACUCCGCAAUGGCCUCAGCCGCAGAGUGAGGAACUUCUUCUCGCCAUUGAAGAGUCCGAUUUUGAAGACAAGUGCAAUGAGAUUAGGAAGAUAAAUAGCAACCAAAUCGUGAUAGGGAAAACCAUGGUUGAUAACGAUAAAGAAGACUUCGACAAUGCUGCAGAUGCUGACAAUGCCGACAAUGCAGUAAGAGUCCGAAGGCGAUGAGUUUGAGCAGGAAACCGGAGUUGGGAUCUACCAGUAACCUCAGGUAUUGUUGGGCCAAGAAGAAGUAAAGUCUGGAUUAACGAAUGUGAACAAAUGGAUGAACGGAACCAAACCAUGAUUAAGGCGAUCGUUAUCAUCAUAAUGUAUUGAAAGAUAUCCGAGAGCUGAAGAAGCACAUUACAUACGGUAAAGGUAAGUUAGUGUAGCAAGAAUAAAGCGGAAAAAAAGGUGACGUUGAUGAUGGAGUGGGAAGGCGUAAAAAAAUGGUAUUCGUCACCCCAUGAAAGCGCCCCCAUAGCACCGGUCUCAUUGUCAUGAGAAAGGUAAAUUGUGCACACAUCCCAGUGGCUGAGCGGAUUAGAAACAAAUUAACCGAAUACAAAUUCUCAUUCAGUUAACCGAACCAUUUCACACGAAAACCGAAUAAUCCAAAUUGUGUUUAGUUCAGAUGGAUUAUUCGGUUUCAGUUAUUUUUGACACCCGACACAUAAAGAAAAGGGAAUUUCCCUUAAACUUAUUUUAUCGUAUAUUUGACGUUUGAUACCUUUUUUUUUUUCUUAUUCCAAAUAUUGGGAAUAGAAGGUGGGAAUGGGGAAGGUUGGAAAAGUUACGUAAAGCCCACACACAAAUCUCCAUAGUUGUAUUUUGGGUAACCUAACGUUCUUUUUUAACAAUAUUCCCCUUAGCUUUUUCUCUUGAAAAUGGUCCCAAAUCAACCAACCAUUUUAAAUGAAUGAGAAUAUGAUGCUUGAUUUGUUAAAUGAGAAUGGGAACGUUGGAAAAACGGAAAUUGGCAUUU